CACAUUUUAAAAAAUGGCUCAUCGUGGACUACACAUCGCAUGGUUGCAGUUUUCAACAGACUACACUACAUGUUCUUUGAAAAGUUUACGGCAUGGAAAGACACCGAUGCCAGUGGCUCCAGUUAAGUUCGUCGCAUGUGCUUUCCUCAUCUUGUUUGUAUAUAUGUGGAUGAAUACCUACACACAUCAUGUGUAUACGUACAACUGAGCUCUUUGUCGCCAUGUGACCUGCUACUGAAGAGUACGUAGUCGGUGUAACUGAGUUGACCCCUUUUGCUCAAUUCCAUUGCAUGAUUCGAGAGGGAGGUGGUGCAACGUGGAAGUGUUGGCCGGCGAGGCAGAAAAAUCCCGUGCUCAUUUUCACACAUAUAUAAUAAGCUUAUCUUCUCGGGCUUGGAAACACCCCACUGUUUAACGUUCUCUUGUAGCACCAGAGAGAGGCAGAGGGGCGAAGGAAGGCUAGGUAGGCUAGCCAUGGCCCCCAAAGCUCACGUGCUGGUGCUGCCGAUGCCAUGCCAGGGCCAUGUCACGCCGCUGAUGGAGCUCUCCCACCUCCUGGUCGACCAAGGCUUCGAGGUCACCUUCGUCAACACCGACGUGGACCGCGCGGCCGUGGUAGCCGCGCUGGAGGCCUCCGGCGGCGUGGCGGCGCUGGGCGGCGGCAUCCACCUGGCGUCCAUCCCGGACGGGCUGGCCGACGACGAGGACCGCAAGGACAUCAGCAAGCUCGUCGACGCCUACACGCGCCACAUGCCGGGCUACCUGGAGCGCCUCCUCGCCGACAUGGAGGCCGCCGGGCGGCCCAGGGCCAAGUGGCUCGUUGCCGACACCAACAUGGGCUGGUCGUUCGAGGUCGCCAAGAAGCUCGGCAUCCGGGUCGUGUCCUUCUGGCCGGCGGCCACCGCGUGCUUAGCCUUCAUGCUCAAGAUCCCCAAGCUCAUACAGGACGGGCUCCUCGACGAUAAGGGGCUGCCAGUCCGUCAGGAGACGUUCCAGCUCGCCCCGGGGAUGCCGCCGCUGCACUCGUCGCAGCUGUCGUGGAACAACGCCGGCGAGCCCGAGGGGCAGCACAUCAUCUUCGAGCUGGUGACCCGGAACAACAAGCUGAACGAUGAGCUGGCGGAGAUGGUGGUGAGCAACUCCUUCUACGAGGCCGAGGCCGGCGCGUUCAAGCUUUUCCCGGGCAUCCUGCCCAUCGGCCCGCUGUCCGCCGACGGGGCGUUCCGGAAGCCCGUGGGCCACUACCUGCCGGAGGACGAGCGGUGCGUCAAGUGGCUGGACGCGCAUCCGGACGCGUCGUCCGUCGUGUACGUGGCCUUCGGCAGCAUAACCAUCUUCAGCGCGCGCCAGUUCGAGGAGCUGGCCGAGGGCCUGGAGCUCACCGGCCGCCCGUUCCUGUGGGUGGUGCGGCCGGACUUCACCCCCGGCCUCAGCAAGGCGUGGCUCCACGAGUUCCAGCGGCGCGUCGCCGGCAGGGGCAUGAUCGUCAGCUGGUGUUCCCAGCAACAGGUCCUGGCGCACCGUGCGGUGGCGUGCUUCGUGUCGCACUGCGGGUGGAACUCGACCAUGGAGGGUCUGAGGAACGGCGUGCCGUUCCUGUGCUGGCCCUACUUCUGCGACCAGUACCUGAACCGGAGCUACAUCGUCAACGUGUGGAGGACCGGGCUGGCGGUGACGCCCGACGCGGACGGAAUCGUAGGCAGGGAGGAGCUGAGGAGCAAGGUGGAGCAGGUCGUCGGCGACGCCGACAUCAAGGACAGGGCGCGGGUGCUCAAGGACGAAGCCCACCGGUGCGUCGCCGAAGGAGGGUCCUCGAACGACAACUUCAAAAAGCUCGUGAAUCUGCUCAGUGAAUGAUGAGAACCGGGAGACUGGGAGCAUCGUGUCCAGUGUCCUGGCGUUGUAAAUGUUGGUGCACUUAGGGCUUGUUUGGUUUGAUGGCUAACUUGUCAUAUUUUACCU